AUGGUGUCCGCAUCCAAAGCCGCCCGCAUGGCCAAGCGUGGCGAUGAGAAGAAGGGCAAGAAGGGCAGCAAGAACGACACGCCCGUCGAGUCCGGUGCUGAAGACCAACCCGCCACCACCGACGCCAAGAUGAGAGAAGUCGAGAAGCUCACAGCCCAGAUGGACAAGCACGGUCUGUCGGACCGUGUCACCACCGGUGUGCUCUCGUCCAUGCCCUCGUCGCGCGACGCAAAAGUCACCUCCACCUCGCUUGUGUUCCACGGAAAGGUCCUCAUCACGGACUCGACCCUCGAGCUUAACUUCGGUCGGAGAUACGGUCUGCUUGGAGAGAACGGUUGCGGAAAGUCUACCCUGCUCAAGUCUAUCGAUGCUCGCGAGUUCCCGAUCCCUGAACACAUUGAUAUCUAUCUCCUGAAUGAGGGUGCCCCGCCUAGUGAAUUGGGGGCGCUUGAGUGGGUUGUUACGGAGGCUCAGAACCAGCUUGACCGUAUGGAGAAGCAGGCCGAGGAGAUUCUUGAGAAGGAGGGUCCUGAUAGCCCUAUCCUUGAGGAUCUGUAUGAUCGUAUGGACAAAAUGGACCCCUCCACAUUCCACACCCGUGCUUCUCUCAUCUUGACUGGUCUUGGUUUCAACAAGACGACAAUUCACAAGAAGACCAAGGACAUGUCUGGUGGUUGGCGUAUGCGUGUGGCCCUUGCCAAGGCCCUCUUCGUCAAGCCAUCUCUGCUUCUUCUUGAUGACCCCACUGCUCACUUGGAUCUCGAAGCGUGUGUGUGGUUGGAAGAAUACCUCAAGAAGUGGGAGCGUACUCUUGUCCUUGUUUCUCACUCCCAGGAUUUCAUCAACGGUGUCUGCACAAACAUGAUUGACAUGCGUGGGCAGCAACUGAUGUAUUAUGGUGGUAACUACGACUCUUACCACAAGACCCGUGCCGAACAGGAGACAAACCAGAUGAAGGCCUACAACAAGCAACAGGAAGAAAUCCAGCACAUCAAGAAGUUCAUCGCCUCUGCUGGUACCUACGCCAACUUGGUGCGACAGGCCAAGUCUCGCCAGAAGAUCCUCGACAAGAUGGAGGCAGACGGUUUCAUCCAGCCUGUCAUCCCCGACCGAGUCUUCAGUUUCCGCUUCGCCGAUGUCGACAAGCUCCCCCCUCCCGUCCUCUCUUUCGAUGACGUUUCUUUCUCCUACUCUGGUAACUGGGAGGAUACCCUCUACGAGCACCUCGACUUUGGUGUCGACAUGGACUCCCGAACUGCCCUUGUCGGUCCCAACGGUGUUGGUAAAUCAACCCUUUUGCGUCUCAUGACUGGAAAGCUUUCCACCAUCGGUGGCCGUGUCAGCCGUCACACUCACUUGAAGCUCGGCAUGUACAGUCAGCACUCCGCUGAACAGCUCGACCUUACCAAGUCGUCUCUUGAGUUCGUCCGUGACCGAUUCCCCGAGAAGAGUCAGGACUUCCAGUACUGGCGUCAACAGCUCGGCCGCUACGGUCUCUCUGGUGAGUCUCAGACUGCUCUGAUGGGUACCCUGUCCGAAGGUCAGAAGAGUCGUAUCGUGUUCGCCCUCCUUGCCAUCGAAUCCCCCAACAUGCUCCUCCUUGACGAACCUACCAACGGUCUCGAUAUUCCAACUAUCGACAGUCUGGCAGACGCCAUCAACGCCUUCUCCGGUGGUGUCGUUGUCGUGUCUCACGAUUUCCGACUCCUGGACAAGAUCGCCAAGGACAUCAUGGUCUGCGAGCACAAGACCGUCCGCCGCUGGGACGGCAGCAUUGGUGAAUACAAGAACCACCUCCGCAAGAAGAUGAUUUCCGAGGGUGCUGUCUAA